GACUUUUUGUCCGACUUGAGACGGCGCCGAGGCUAGGUCACUGUGACGUAGCCAUCAAAGUACCGUGAGAUCGAUUCGAGAACUGCCGGCUGUGUAGCCGAGCGCAUUUUCUCAAGAGCAACUGCAAGGGUUCUAAUGACGACACAGCUAUUUCAUGAUUGGCCAGACUCACACACGACAACUUUGACGCGUGUUUUGUAAUUAUUUUGACGCUCAAAUCCGGACCAAACAGUUUAAUUGAAUUAAAAAUGUGUUGAAGAAAGGGUUUUAGUCCGCCUCUUCACUAACGGAAAGACUAAGUUUAAUUAUAAAUAAAGUAAAGUAAGCAAACAGCGCUUGAUCGGCCAUGACUGACGUCAACGCAGCAAACCACGAGAAGCUGGAAUGUCCGACUUUACAGAGCCGUUUUCAACUCCUCCCCGACUGCAAGCGGCUACUCUCGCCGGUCGUUUCAUGCAGCCGCUGUCCAUGUCGAACGCACCUAAUCACAAGUAAACGUCAAUCCAAUCAGGUAAGAGGGCUCGGUUGACGAACAUGCAGACGGACCAAUAGGACACCGGUAAACAAGCUGCUGGAGGGGGUUGGACGGGGUAUCCAUGUCAGCAACGCAAGGCGCUUUUGUUGUUUCACCGAAGGAACGCUACCAGGGAUAUGCAAUGUCUAAAGUCAUAGGAUUUAAUAAAACUGCACGAUUUAGGUUUAACGGUUAAAAGAUAGUCUCAUAGUUAAUCCACACUGUGAAAAACAAUGACAGCUUUGAUUUGUUGAAGAAGGUUAGCUAAUGUUAGCUCUGCUAGCUACUUCAGGAGUUCUGGCGAGAUUUGAAGCGGAAGGAAGCAAUCCAAGAAGGCAGGGAAGGAAGAGAAAUCAGUGCUGUGAUGCUGCUCGCAAGUUGGACAAAUGUGUUUUACGGUGAAAAAAAAGCGAUGGGUUUUAUGACUUCUGUAGCAUCAUGUAUAUAUAUGAUUAAUAUCAAGUUAUAAGGGUUAUUUCGUGUCGUUGAAACGUUUUGUAACUGUGUUGUUGGUUAACCAGUAGCCACGUAUUGAUAGCAAAGCUAGUUAGCAUUCAGCUAGUAAGAUGGCGGAAGGCUGGACCGUCCACCAGGCCGUACUAGUCUUCUCGGUGAUGAGUCUGACUGCACCGGGACUGGAGUCCUGUCCGGCUCCAUGUUCGUGUCGGAUGGGAGCCGACGAGGUCCAUGUCUUGGAUUGCAGUAGGAAAAAGUUGUCGGUGCCACCCCUGGAUCUACCGGAUGGAAUAACUCAUGUAUCGUUGAAUCACAAUGACCUGAUAGCUGUCCCUUAUUUAGGGGACGUGACCUCUAACAUCACCAGUCUGAGUCUGGUCCACAACCGGAUCUCUGAGCUGGCCACGCCUCUUCUCCAGCCGUACGUGUCCCUGGAGACCCUGGAUCUCUCCUCCAACUCCCUCUCUGAGAUCAAGGCUGGGGCUUUUCCAUCCAUGCAGCUGAAAUAUCUGAACUUGAGCAACAACAAGAUCAGUUUGCUGGAGCCCGGCUGCUUUGACAACAUCUCCAGCAGCCUGCUGGUCCUCAGGCUGAACAGGAACAGGAUCGCCCUGCUGCCCUACAAGGUCUUCAGGCUGCCGCGGCUGCAGCUGCUGGAGUUCAAGCGCAACAAGAUCAAGAUGGUGGACAGUUUGACCUUUAAAGGGAUGGAGGCGCUGAAGACUCUGAAAAUGCAGAGGAACGGCAUCACUAAGCUCAUGGACGGAGCCUUCUUUGGCCUCAACAACAUCGAAGAGCUAGAGCUGGAGCAUAACAACCUAACAGAGGUCAACAAGGGCUGGCUGUACGGCCUGCGGAAGCUUCGCCUGCUGAGGAUCAGUCACAACAGCCUUACCCUCGUCCGGCCUGACUCCUGGGAGUUCUGCCACAACCUGGAGGAGCUAGACCUGUCCUUCAACCACAUGAGCCGUCUGGAGGGGACAGCGCUGGCUGGGCUGGCCCAGCUACAGAGCCUUAACCUGGGGGACAACACUCUCACUCACCUGGGGGAGGGAGCCUUCAGCAGCCUGGCAAGCCUGCGCACCCUAGACAUCAGGAACAACGAGAUCUCCUGGGCCAUCGAGGACUCUGUUGGUGUGUUUGUAGGGAUGAAGAAGCUCACCACCCUGAUUCUACAGCGGAACAAGAUCAAGUCCAUCACUAAGAAGGCCUUCGACGGCCUGAACGAGCUGGAACACCUAGACCUGAGUAAGAAUGGGAUCAUGUCCAUCCAUCCGGAGGCUGUGGCCCACAUGCACCUGAAAGAGUUUCUCCUGAACAGCAGCAGUCUGUUGUGUGACUGUCUGCUACAGUGGCUGGCUCCCUGGCUGUCUGGCCAGCCCUUCCAAGGCUCUGUGAGGGCUGUGUGUGCCCACCCGCCCCCCCUGCAGGGCCAGAGCGUGCUGGAGGUGGCCCCAGGCCUGCUGCUCUGUGACGACUUCCCCAAGCCCCAGAUCACCACCCACCCAGAGUCGUCCACCGUCCUGAGAGGGACCAACGUGACCCUGAGCUGCCUGGCCGCCAGCAGCAGUGACUCCACCAUGCUGGCGGCCUGGCGGAGGGACGGGGAGCUGCUGUACGAGCCUGAGGUGCAGACGUACGCUCGCUUCCAGGACGGCCAGCUCCUCCACUCCUCCCUCCUCCACCUGCUCCACGUCAACUUCACAGACGAGGGGCGGUACCAGUGUGUCGUCUCCAACCACUUCGGCUCCAACUACUCCAACAGGGCCAGGCUCACUGUGAACGAGCUGCCCUCCUUCCUAAAGACACCCAUGGACCUGACCCUGCGUACGGGCACCAUGGCGAGGCUGGAGUGUGCCGCGGAGGGCCACCCCGCACCCCAGAUCGCCUGGCAGAAGGACGGAGGCACGGACUUCCCUGCCGCCCGUGAGCGCAGGAUGCACGUGAUGCCCGAUGACGACAUUUUCUUCAUCGCCAACGUGAAGACGGAGGACAUGGGCGUGUACAGCUGCACCGCCCAGAACACAGCAGGCAGCCUGUCUGCCAACGCCACCCUCACUGUGCUGGAGACCCCGUCCCUCCUGCGCCCCCUGGAGGACAGGGUGGUGGCCCGCGGGGAGACGGCCGUGCUGCAGUGCAUCGCAGGGGGAAGCCCCGCCCCCCGCAUCAACUGGACCAAAGACGACAGCCCAUUGGUCCUGACGGAGCGCCACUUUUUCGCCGCGGCCAAUCAGCUACUGAUCAUCGUGGAGGCGGGCCCGGGGGACGCGGGCAGGUACACCUGCAGCAUGUCCAACACGCUGGGGACAGAGCGGGGGCAGGUGUACCUGGGCGUGGCCCCGCAGGCAGGCUGCGAGGCGGGGGAGGCAGACGGCUGGGCCACCGUGGGCAUCGUGGUGAUGGUGGUGGUCUGCUGUGUGGUGGGAACCUCCCUGGUCUGGGUCAUCGUCAUAUACCACAUGAGGAGGAGGGGAGAGGAUUACAGCAUCACCAACACAGAUGAGAUGACCCUGCCUGCAGACAUCCCCAGCUACCUGUCCUCUCAGGGGACUCUGUCAGAGCCGGCGGAGGGAUACAGCAGCUCGGAGGCCGGAUCACACCAGCAGCUCAUGCCCCCCCUCUCCAACACACACACUCACAAGGGCACCGACGGUGUGUGUUACGGAGACACGGGCAGCGAGGUGGAGGCAGACCCUAGCAGAGGGAGCUCUCUGUUCACCAGCAGCUUUCAUCCUGGACAGACUGAGGGGCUGGGGGGGGGCGUUCAAGGCCCACUGGUCACCUGCUCUGACUGCUACGACAACGGCAGCAUGUACUCCCGGCCGCGUGAGUACUGCCCCUACACCUACCUGUCUGAGGACGAGGCCCUGGAGCAGGCCCUGCCGGUUGCCCCGCCACGCCAAGCCCCAGACACCAGCCAGGCCCCAGACACCAGCCAGGCCCCACGCCAAGCCCCAGACACCAGCCAGGCCCCACGCCAAGCCCCAGACACCAGCCAGGCCCCACGCCAAGCCCCAGACACCAGCCAGGACCGCUCACUGCGCCUGGGGGCCUGGGGACACCCUCAGCACAGCUGCAGCGCAGAAGUUUCCUCACGUUCCUUCUGGCGGGAAGGACGUGACCCGACCCCGCCCGGCCCCCCCCAGCCACCCGCCCCCCGCGGGGCCCCCCCACCUGGACUGGCCAGUGGCGAGGUGCCGGAGGAGGGGGGGGCGGCCCCCAAACUGGACCACAGAAGUGCCUCUUACAGGACUAACUCAGGAGGAGACCUGCCCUACAUGAGCCCCUAACACACACACACACACACCCUCUACACACACACACACCCUCCACAUCAGGAGGAGACCUGCCCUGCAUGAGCCCCUAACACACACACACUCACACCCUCCACACACACGUCCUCCACAAACCCUCGCCCUCCACACACGCCACCUACACAAACACAUGCCCUGCUCCCCCCCCCCCCCCCCCCCCCGAUCUAUACCCCUCUACCUCCAAAGAGACACACCAUCAAACUCUGCCAAAGACUCCUCUCUGUUUACAUUCCUCUACCAGUCUGGAGCGCUCUGUGGACAAGACACGCCCUCCUCUCAGUCUGGAGCGCUCUGUGGACAAGACACGCCCUCCUCUACCAGUCUGGAGCGCUCUGUGGACAAGACACGCCCUCCUCUACCAGUCUGGAG